GGUCCUGCUGAGCCCAGCUGGGCAGACAAGGGGUGUUUCUGGGUACCCCACAGACAAGCAAGGAUGUGCCACUGGAAAUGGCGUGGAAACAGGCAGCCAGAGUUGGACAGAGAGAGGGAGAUGGGACAGUGCCUGCAGCUAUCUUGGGGACUGUCAUUGAAGAAAGGGAGAGGCGAAGAGGCGCUCAGUGAAGGGCUGGCUGCUUUGGAAGGCAGAAGCCCGGUUCCAGCUCCCCUGACCCUGGGGGGAGUCUGCAGGCAGCCUGCAGGACCCUCAGAACUGAGUGCAGCCACUGGGGUGCUGGCACCCCGAACUGCUUCAAGGCUCCCACAUGGUGCCUAGUCUGUGGUGACCUGUCAGUGGGGCCCCUCCUUCCUGCCACCGUCCCCUGCGGGGAGGAUGAUCUCUGCCCCUCUGGCCAGGCCAGUGGUGACAGUGGUGGGUCUUUCCUGCAGAGGUGUGGCAGUCCCCCCGCUACGCGAUCACCCCAAAGGGGGGCUCCAUCAACAUCACCUGCUCCUCUGUCCAGCCCCUGUAUGGGGUCUACCUGAUGCAAAAUUGUGAGUCAAAUCUGCUCAAAGUGAUUUUCUAUGCGGACGGGAAGGAGCCCACCGUGGACGAGCGGUUUUGGGGGCGCAUUGCCUUCUCAGGGUCGCAGUACAACCUGACCAUCACCAUGCAACACCUGCAGCCGGAGGACACCAACACCUAUAUCUGCAAGUUCAUUAAGGAUGAAGUGGCCUGGGGCUCCUACACCUUUGUCACCGUGACAGACGCACUGUUCCAAGAAGCGAACACAUGCCAGGAGGCUCAGCUGACACACACACACAUUGCCCUCACCGUGGCCCUGGCUGUAGGUUUCCUCCUCAUCGGGCUGGGGCUCGGGGCCGUGUGUGUCCUGAGGAGGACGCAGGUCAGUGUGAGCCCCAGCUGUCACCUGUGUCCCUGUAAGCCAGCUCCUCUCAGACAGCAGGGAGGAAAAGAGAACGGUUAGGCCCCAUGGAGCUGGCCACCUGGGGAACCCCAGCACUCGUGCAUCCCCUCCACG